GACCAACCGCUUUGCUAUUGUCCAAGUGGAAAGAGCCAAGUUUAUUAUGAGGACUAUAUGCUCUAGAGACCUCAGACAAGGCAUCUCAUAGGAGGCUUUUUCAUAAAACUAGGCUCUGCUGGUAGUAAGGAGGCCAGUUUGGAGGCAGGCGUGGAGCUGUGCACAUCUCCCCACUCCAGCCACCUUCUCCAUACCCAUCUUUUAUUUCAUUUUUCCACUUGGCUGAGCCAUCCAGAGCCUUUUCAAUGUAUAAAAUGGAAUAUUCUUACCUCAAUUCCUCUGCCUACGAGUCCUGUAUGGCUGGGAUGGACACCUCCAGCCUGGCUUCAGCCUAUGCAGACUUCAGUUCCUGCAGCCAGGCCAGUGGCUUCCAGUAUAACCCGAUCAGGACCACUUUUGGGGCCACGUCCGGCUGCCCGUCCCUCACGCCGGGAUCCUGCAGCCUGGGCACCCUCAGGGACCACCAGAGCAGUCCGUACGCCGCAGUUCCUUACAAACUCUUCACCGACCACGGCGGCCUCAACGAGAAGCGCAAGCAGAGGCGCAUUCGCACCACGUUCACGAGCGCGCAGCUCAAAGAGCUGGAGAGGGUCUUCGCCGAGACGCACUACCCUGACAUCUACACCCGGGAGGAGCUGGCCCUGAAGAUCGACCUCACGGAGGCGCGCGUCCAGGUGUGGUUCCAGAACCGCCGCGGGCCCUUCGCCAGCGUCCUAUCUUCGCUCCAAAGACCCAACGGUGCCAAAGCCGCCUUGGUGAAGAGCAGUAUGUUCUGAUCUGGGACGUGGCGGCGGCGGCGGCGGGCCGGGGCCGGGCGGGCGAGUGGGCGAGCGGGUAGGCCCCAGGCUACUGUCGUCGCUGCCGCCCUGGCUUUUUCAUGGAAAGCCUAAAGUAAUCGCGAUAAGAAUAAAGAGAACACGGCGUCGCCCCCAUUGCAACCCCACUCUUACCCCAAUCCCGAACCCCCAGCAAAACAAAACAAACGAAACAGAGCAAAGCAAAGCAAACACUUCCUGGCUCCGCACCUGCCCCAGGGCCGCGCAGACGGGCCAGGGCUCCGCCUGUGGACCGGGAGGUGGGAGCGGCGCGGCCGGACUCGGGGGCACUCUCAGGGGGCUGUGUCUGCGUGUCGUGUGUGUCUGUCUCUGGGAAUGUGUAUCUGUGGCCCGAGCCGGUGACAGAAAGAGAUGGAUGGGGGGCAUAACCAACUCAGUGACUUGCUUAGAAAAAGAGAAAAAUAAACAAAACAAAACGAAAAAACCCAAAUUAAAAAAAAAAUUAGGAA